AUGCCCGGUUCCGACUCGCUCCAACCUAUUCUCAACUCUGGCGAGAAAGCUGCUGUCAAAGAAUCUGGCGGCUGGACCCAAUUCACUCAGAGCUACGGCAUGAACCCUUGGGACGCUGGUACUUCUCAGGAGGGGAAGGCUAUUGCUUCGGCGAUGGCGUCGUAUGAUGCUCAACAGGGCGGCCAGAACACUGGUGGGAAGAAGUGA